GUAUUUAGUACCCCUCAACUUUUUCUCUCCUCAAACUUCAACUAACAUCUGCUCAUCAUUUCCUUCCUCCUCUUUGAAAUCCUCCAACAAAACCACCGUUUUGUAGCUGUAUCACCACCCCUAGCCGGCGGCGGCGCUACCAAUCUGCCAUUGUGAAUUUUCGAUUUGGGGACUCUAACUAUCUAUCCUUCUCUCCCGCUGCCAUUCUCGGUGUUGCCGAGUGCCGACAGUUGGCAAUGGGUGCUCCGAAGCAGAAGUGGACUGCGGAAGAAGAAGCUGCCCUAAAAGCCGGGGUUCUUAAACACGGGGCCGGGAAGUGGCGCACUAUACUUAAAGACCCUGAAUUUUGUGGAGUGUUGUUUUUACGGUCGAAUGUGGAUCUAAAGGACAAGUGGAGAAACAUGAGUGUGAUGCCGAGUGGAUUUGGGACAAGGGAUCAUAAGCCAAGGGGUCUUCCUAAAAGAGUUCCAACACAAUCAUCUCCUAUUAAGCAAGAGGAGAACAAUACUAGUGUUAGUGAUGUGCCUCAAAGUGAUGAAGAUAUGCCAGAUGUCAAGACUGUUGCUACAUCAAGUGCCCCUGUCGAGAUCUCAAGUGCCCCCAAAAGAUCCAUUGUAAGGUUGGACAACUUAAUACUGGAAGCUAUAACAAAUUUGAAGGAACCUGGUGGUUGUAACAAAACUGCUAUUGCUUCAUAUAUUGAGGAUCAAUAUUGGGCGCCUCCUGAUUUCAAACGAGUAUUGUCUGCAAAAUUAAAGUUUUUAACGUCAAGUGGAAAACUGAUCAAGGUUAAACGGAAUUACCAAAUAUCUCCAUCCAUGGCAUUUCCGGAGAAGAGGAGAAAUCUUCCUAUAAUAGCCCAAGAAGGCAGGCAAGUGAAUUUGCCAAAAAUAGACAGGGAAGAUCUAUCAAUGCUUAAGUCUCAGAUUGAUUUAGAGCUUGCUAAGAUGAGAAGUAUGACCCCACAAGAAGCUGCCGCCGCAGCUGCUCGUGCAGUAGCUGAGGCAGAAGCUGCUAUAGCAGAAGCGGAAGAAGCUGCAAGGGAAGCUGAGGAAGCUGAAGCAGAUGCAGAAGCAGCACAAGCAUUUGCCGAUGCAGCAACAAAGAUGCUUAGAGGAAGGAGUGCUCCUAAGGUGGUAAGACCUGCGUGCUAAAACAACAAAUUAUGAUGCGAGCUUGAUACAAGGGCUUUUGACAAUCAGCCCCCGCAAAAGAAUGAACACCUGCAGCUUGCAGUGUCUUGUAAAUAUGCCUGUGAAAAUGCAAUUUUGGUCUCAGCAUUGGAAUCUUGGUUGAUCUAUGUCUGCAAAAGUACAAUUUGUAGUGUUUUUUUUCUGCCGUGUUUUUCACUUGGCUGUUGUAAGCUGUAACCCGAAAGCAGAAAUGUAGGUUUUCAUCUGCAGGUCUUUGUGGAUAGUUGUCCUGCAACUGUUUCUUCAUAUGUUAAUCAUCAUCACAAUUUAUUUGUAUAUUGUAGAACGUAUAAUAAUUUAUUA